CCCAGAACUUCCGGGUAAAUAAUGAUGACGUUAUAUUUACUCUGCGAAUCAUGGAUUGUGGCGACACGGGUUUAAUUUUGCGAUUUUUCCUUACGUCUAAUGAUUAUUUAUGUUUAUAAGCACGAUGAGUGUCAGUAAUCGAGCUGCUGUAAUCAGUGUGUUAUUAAUUAUAUUGACGGCUGAUCUCGGGCGGUUUGCUGCGGCAGAUGAUCAGACACACGGUCAAGAACAUGCGAAUAAUAAAGCUGACAGUGAUUUACUGGAUCAGAAAACUACUGUUGGACACGCAGAACAGUUGAUCAGGUCAAAUGACACAGAAAGCUCCAGCAAUGACACUGUUCAAAGCACCAUACCUGUGCCCAAGCCCACAACCCCUGAGCCUCCUAAAAAUGAGCCCAUCCUGCCAGUGCAGACGGGGGUCAAAGCCCAGGAAGAGGAGCAGUCCAGCGGGAUGACCAUUUUCUUCAGCCUGCUGGUCAUUGGUAUUUGUAUUAUAUUGGUGCACCUGCUGAUCAAAUUCAAGCUCCACUUUUUGCCUGAGAGUGUGGCUGUGGUCUCGCUGGGGAUUCUGAUGGGAGCGUUUAUCAAGAUCAUUGAGUCUCAGCAGCUGGCCAACUGGAAGGAAGAGGAGAUGUUUCGUCCCAAUAUGUUCUUCCUAUUACUUUUACCGCCAAUCAUUUUUGAGUCUGGAUACUCAUUACAUAAGGGUAAUUUUUUCCAAAACAUAGGCUCAAUCACAUUAUUCGCCGUCUUUGGAACAGCGAUUUCAGCCUUCAUCGUGGGAGGGGGGAUCUACUUUCUGGGCCAGGCUGAUGUUAUUUACAAGAUGACAAUGACAGACAGUUUUGCGUUUGGUUCUCUGAUCUCCGCUGUGGACCCAGUCGCUACUAUUGCCAUCUUUAAUGCUCUGAACGUGGAUCCUGUGCUCAAUAUGCUGGUCUUCGGGGAGAGCAUCCUAAAUGACGCCGUCUCCAUCGUAUUAACAAAUACAGCGGAGGGGUUUGCCGGUUCAGAUGUCUCGACGGGCUGGGAAACCUUCAUGCAGGCGCUCGGCUACUUCCUGAAGAUGUUCUUUGGGUCGGCCGCCUUGGGCACACUCACUGGUCUCAUCUCUGCUAUUGCUCUGAAACACUUCGACCUGAGAAAGACUCCGUCUCUGGAGUUUGGGAUGAUGAUUAUAUUUGCAUACCUGCCAUAUGGUCUUGCUGAGGGCAUCAAACUCUCCGGGAUCAUGGCCAUACUGUUCUCUGGAAUUGUCAUGUCUCAUUACACUCAUCAUAACCUGUCGCCAGUUACCCAGAUUCUCAUGCAGCAGACUCUUCGAACCAUGGCCUUCAUGUGUGAAACAUGUGUGUUUGCGUUCCUGGGCCUGUCUAUCUUCAGUUUCCCUCAUAAGUUCGAGCUGUCUUUUGUCAUCUGGUGUAUAGUUCUGGUUCUUGUUGGUCGGGCUGUGAAUAUCUUCCCACUAUCCUUCCUGCUCAACUUCUUCAGAGAUCAUAAAAUCACCCCCAAAAUGAUGUUCAUCAUGUGGUUCAGCGGUUUGCGGGGUGCGAUCCCAUACGCCCUCAGUCUUCAUCUGGGUCUGGAGCCCAUAGAGAAGCGUCAGCUGAUCGGCACCACCACCAUAGUCAUUGUACUCUUCACCAUCCUGCUGCUGGGGGGCGGGACCAUGCCCCUCAUCCGCAUCAUGGACAUUGAGGAGAGCCAGUCACGACGCAAGAACAAAAAAGACAUUAACCUGAGCAAAACUCAGAAAAUGGGUAACGCCAUUGAAUCUGAACAUUUGUCUGAGCUGACAGAGGAAGAGUAUGAAGCUCAGAUUUAUCAGAGACAGGAUUUGAAGGGUUUCCUGUGGCUUGAUGCCAAGUAUCUGAACCCUUUCUUCACCCGUAGACUCACACAAGAGGACCUUCUGCAUGGGCGGAUCCAGAUGAAGACGCUCACUAAUAAAUGGUACGAGGAGGUCCGUCAGGGUCCGUCUGGCUCUGAGGAUGAGGAUGAUGAGGCAGAACUGCUCUGAGACAAUCAUAAGGGGCAAACAGAGAUGCGGCUGAGUCAGAUCUUAAAUGAGCCAUUCUCACACCAUGUGACAAAUGGACUGUACCGCACUGUGAAGGACUCCUUUGGUUUCACACAGAACUCCAUGACUGGAGCGAUUCAUGGCUAAAGGAGGAAAAGGACAGGAGUAUGUGGUAAAGAAAGCCUGGGAUUGUUUUGUGUAGAGGCACUAAACGUGAAAACAGUGAAAGAAUAAAUAUGGAAGCUAAACAAAAUUUGAGGGGAAAAGCAAAAAAAAAAAAAAAAAAACUGCAAUAUUGGACACCUUUACAUUAUUUUUUUAUAUAUAUAUAUAUAUAUAUAUAUAAUUUGAAACACCAUAAUAUAAUGUGAUUGUUGCAAUACCUUUUUUGGUGUUUUGUUUCACAUACAGGGAAAUUACAUCAAUGAAUGUUUCUGUGAUUGGAAAUAACUUAACAAACGUAACCUAUUUUUCUUUUUUAUUAAAUAUUUAUUUGUUGUGUUGUCUUUAUAAAUGGGAGUAAAAGGGUCUUUUAUAAUGUUUCUUGACACUGUAUUUUGUAGCUAACUUGAGUUUAUAACUAAUUCUAAUGAAGGAAUGUACCUGUGCAUAAUAAACAUAAACUCUAUGCACAAAGCUGCAGUGGGAAAGUGGUGUAAAAACAAAUGUGAAUAAAUGAUGGAUUAUAAUAA